AUGAGUGCUUCUGGAGAUGCCGAUGUGGUGUCAUGUGGAUCCGGGCCACUUCCUGAUGUGUCCUAUCCGUUGAAGGUUAUUUACUGUGGAGAGUGCUCUAUGCCGUUGGAAUAUUGUGAAUAUUCUGGAAUAACUGACAAGUGUCGAAAAUGGAGCGAAGAACAUGCUCCAGAAGCACUUAAUGGGAUUGAGAUCACUUCAGAUUAUUCUGGUGAGAAGAAGCAUCAGAAGAGGGGUGGUAAAGGAAUCGUGAAGGUAUCAGUUGCUGCCGAUAAAAAGAAACCGGCAGCAGACGCAAAAGUGACUGUGCAACGUGAACCGCGAGGAAAAAAAAGCGUUACAGUAAUCAGAGGGCUUGCCAUAUUCGAUAUCGAUCUUAAGCAAGCGUCAAAAUUAUUCGCGCAAAAAUUCGCUUGUGGCAGUUCGGUGACAGGCGUUGAUGAGAUUGUCAUACAGGGUGAUGUGAAAGAUGACCUGUUUGACAUUAUACCAUCAAAGUGGCCUCAGGUACCAGCUUCUAAAAGGCGAUCUGGCCCUGGUGAAAAUGGAGCUGCUGUGUACCUAGAAGGCAACGAGUGGGAAAAAGGUCAAGAACAACUGAAGACAUUUUUCAUGAAUGUCUUAGCAAGCGACAAGGUCUCGUUAGAUCGAAGCAUCCCCGAUUCAAGACCACGUGAAUGUCUUAGCCUCUCAUAUCCUAGUGAUCUUCCUACAGCAUCUGUUGUUAUUGUAUUCACUAACGAGUUUUUUUCGUGUAAGUUGUUUACUUAUCCUUUUUUCACAGGUCUGCUAAAUAUAUCAUCUAAUUUCCACAACCGACGCAUUGAUCUGACUGACUAUUCCUGUUGA